GCUGCAGCUGUUUCUUUCUCUCUCAAAUCGCCUUUAGAUCAUCAUUCCUGAUUAUCUAAAAGGUCCAACACCUAAUGCAGACGUACACGGGAGAGGAUGAAGAAAAUUAUUCGUUUUGUUUUGUUUUGUUUAGAUUGCAAUCAUGUUUGUUUGCUUAAGAUUCGUCGCCGAGCUUUCCUCUGCAUGUUCUUAGUUUAAAUAUAAAUAUUAUCUGUCCGUUUCUCAUUAAAAAUAAAUAAAUAAAAAGCUCUGCUAAUAUGUAUGAAGUUGAAACAGCAAAAAAGUUUUUUCAGUUUACAUUCUUAUGCUAAGGAGAAAUAGGAAAUUCAACUCAAAUUGAUUCCACUCAACAACCUGCUUGAAGAAUUUCAGUUUAAGGAGCGAAUUGAGGUGGUUUGGUGUGGUCUGAUGAGAUGGAGAGAUUAUGCUAUGGCGGUGGAGUUGAGGGAGGAGGGAACUAUAGGUACGAAAAUGGGGUGGUGAUGACGAAAGACGCAAAGCCCAGGCUGAGAUGGACGGCUGAUCUUCACGACAGAUUCGUCGAUGCCGUAACUAAACUUGGUGGCCCUGACAAAGCAACUCCCAAGUCUGUCCUAAGGUUGAUGGGCUUGAAGGGUUUGACAUUGUACCAUUUGAAGAGUCAUUUACAGAAAUACAGACUAGGACAGCAAGCGCGGAAGCAAAAUGCAGCAGACCAAAACAAAGAGAAUGGUGGGAGUUCGUAUGUACAGUUUAGCAAUCAUUCUUCGGAUACUAUCACCAAUUCACCAAGAGAUGACAAUGAGCAAAGACAAAUUCCAAUGACAGAGGUACUGAAGACUCAACUGGAAGUACAAAAGACAUUGCAAGAGCAACUUGAGGUACAGAAGAAAUUGCAGAUGAGGAUAAAGGCUCAAGGGAAGUACUUGCAAGCAAUAUUAGAGAAAGCCCAAAAGAGCCUCUCAUUUGAUAUCAACUCAUGUGAUGGGAAUGUAGAAGAAACAAGAGCACAACAAGCAAACUUCAACUUGGCUCCGUCGAAUCUCCUGGAGAAUGUGAACGAAGCAGACAGGAAAUCAAACGCAGUACAGAUGAAUGACGUUUCCAAGAAGACCAACUAUUCUGCUUUCCAAAAUUAUGGACUACUGGGAGAAAGAGAAGGAAGCAAAGAUGUUAAGCUUAAAGUUGAAGGAGAUUCCAUAGAUUUUGACCUAAACACCAAAGAUAGCUAUGAGUUUGUUGCUAUAAAUGGAAACGAGCGUCAAUCACGCAUGUUUUCAUACAAGGGAUGAAAUUCAAAAUAUAGAUAUCCAAUUUAUGAGUUAUGCAUUCGUUUUACAUCUGUUUGUAUCACGGAUCGAGAUUUAAGCUCCGAUUCGAACGGCUCCAAGAUUCGAAUAUGCA